AUGUCUGAAUUUCAGCUGGUCCUGGCGUCGGGUGCCAACCCUGCCACCUUACUCCCUGUUAGCCUGCUUGCGACCUCCAUCAAUGAGGCGCGACCAAGCCCUGUAAUUGCAAUCCGCUAUGAGAAUGCGCCCGCCCUUCCUGAUGGAGACAAUGCUACAGUGCAAUUCACUGGAGCCAGUGGUACUCCUGUCUAUGGGACUGAGAACGCUAUAAAGGAGAUCCGGGAGACUUUCCCUUUCUUGAAGGGGCAAAAUGAGUCCCUGGAGGAGUCCUGGCUUUCUCAGGUUAACCAAUUUUUCCCCUCUGAUUUCAAGGCCCUUGAGCCUCAUCUGCAGCGGCUGGAUAUGUAUCUCAUUCUGCGUUCGUUCCUGGUCGGGUACUCCUUGUCUGCUCCCGACAUUGCCAUCUGGGGCGCCAUUCGAGGCAACCGUGUGGCCGUCGCUGCGAUCAAGAAGGGGACAUUGGUCAAUCUGACUCGUUGGUUCUAUUUCCUGGAGGAACUCUGCCCAUGGGCUGCGCCUGCGGUUGAGGUGCUGAACGCUGCGGCGAGGGAGAAGAAGGCUGCUAAGUCUAGGGAGGGUGCCAGCUAUGACAUUGAUCUGCAGAACACCGACCAGGGUGUUGUGACUAGAUUCCCUCCCGAGCCUUCGGGUUACUUGCACAUUGGCCACGCAAAGGCUGCUCUCUUGAACGACUAUUUUGCACAUGAAAAGUACAAGGGCACCCUCUUGGUCCGGUUUGAUGACACCAACCCGUCUAAAGAGAAGGAAGAAUUCCAGGAUUCUAUCAUCGAGGACCUGGCCUUGAUGGGUAUCAAGCCUGACAAGCUGAGUUAUACGAGUGACUACUUCAACGAGCUUUAUGAGUACUGCGUCCAAAUGAUCAAGGACGGAAAUGCCUACGCAGACGACACGGAUAGAGAGACCAUGGCUGCUGAGAGAAUGAAGGGAAUCCCUAGCAAGCGCCGUGAUGCCACGGUCGAGGAGAAUCUGGCACGCUUCGAGGAGAUGAAGAGGGGCACCGAAGAGGGUAUGAGAUGGUGCAUCCGCGCCAAGAUUUCCGUGGAUAACCCCAACAAGGCGCUUCGGGAUCCCGUCAUCUAUCGCUGCAACCCUACGCCCCAUCACCGCACCGGGACCACAUGGAAGAUCUACCCGACGUAUGACUUCUGCUGCCCCAUUGUUGAUUCCAUUGAGGGGGUUACCCACGCGCUGAGAACGAUUGAAUACCGCGAUCGGAACCCUCAGUAUCAGUGGAUGCUUGAUGCCCUCAAACUCCGUAAUGUGCAGAUUUGGGAUUUUUCCCGCAUGAACUUUAUCCGCACGGUCCUGUCCAAGAGAAAGCUCACAAAACUGGUGGAGAAAGGUGUCGUCUGGGGCUGGGAUGAUAAGAACAUCAUCAACUUGGACUGGACGCUCUUUUGGGCCACCAAUAAGAAAUAUAUUGACCCUGUUGCCCCUCGUCACACGGCUAUCCUUAAGAAGGACGCUGUGAAAGCCACCGUCAAGGGCGCCUCAGCUCCUUACACGGAGAAGAAACCAAAACACCCGAAGAACCCUGAUGUCGGUUUGAAGACAGUUGCGUACAGCAGCUCGAUUAUUCUGGAGCAGGAAGAUGCCAAGACUUUCAAGCAGGAUGAGGAGAUUACCCUAAUGAACUGGGGCAAUGCGUUUGUUCGGAAGAUCCACACUGAUGGUGACAAGGUGACCGAACUAGAGCUGGAGCUUCACCUGGAGGGGGAUUUCAAGAAGACCGAGAAAAAGAUCACGUGGCUUUCUACCGAGGCACAGCAGCUUGUGCCUGUCGAGCUUGUGGACUUUGAUCAUAUCUUGACCAAGGAUUCCCUGCAGGAGGAGGACAAUUUUGAAGACUUCAUCAACCCCAAUACUGAGUUCCGGGACGAGGCUUUUGCCGACGGCAACGUGGCAGAGCUUAAACGCGAUGACAUCAUACAGUUUGAGAGGAAGACAUACUACAGAGUGGAUAGGCCGUAUAACUGCGGGGCUUCAUGCCCUUUAACAGUAAUCCCCUACGGAAACUCACAGUCAAAGCCAAAAAGGAAAAGGAGUUUAGGAUCGGUUGAGUUUAAUAUUAUUAUUGGGUGCCAACGUCGUAUUAGAUCCAAUCAGCAGGAAAGUGUACAGGGAGGUAAUUUGAAUAUUGACAGGGUUCCCCGCAUUGGUUACCAUUUUACUCCAUUUGAAUCUGAAUAG